UCUAUUUCUGAUCCUUGUUUACACUUUCAGGCAGUCCUAUCUGUUGGCUAUCGGCUGCCAUGUCCAUAAUAUAUUUCACAUUAUUAUUGUUGUGUCAUCGAAAAUAGUCAUUUUAUCAUAUCUCUCUCUCUCUCGCUCUUUCUCUCUUUCUCUUUCUCUCUCUUUCUCUGUGUGUGUGCUGUGUCACAGUGCCUAUAGGCCUAGCUACUGUGGCUUUAAGAAAGAAGACUGUUCAGUUGGCCCCUCAUUGGAUGUUACAUGCAGACUGUGCACCAAUAGUGUGCAGAACUGUACAAAGAGAUCUACUCCCUCCCCCCAACCUCAGCAUCGUAACCCUCACAAUACUCAGAGCUGGAGGAGAGAGAGGGAGGCGUUCACACAGACGAAUAUAUAAUGUCAUUUAAACACAGUAUCCUUUCCGAUAUCCAAACUUUAGAAACAUGCUAAAUGGAAUAUGCGUUCUGGAGAUGCAUUUUGAUAUAAAGCUCUUCGUUCUGGACAGUAUUUUUGGAAUUGUAUUAUAACGGAUCAGGGAUGACAAAGAGAAUGGGAUACAGAGACUGGAGAUGGCUGGCUCUUUGGUGGAAUAAUUUCUUUCUCUUGUGGAGUACAAUAGACGGACAGACUCGCUACACCAUCUCGGAGGAACUGAAACAGGGAUCUGUGGUAGGAAAUCUAGCCAAAGAUCUGGGUUUGGGACUAUCUGAUUUUUUUGACCGUAAACUGCGUGUCGCUUCUGAGGCUGGUAAGCAGUAUUUCAAUGUGGAUGCGGGGAAGGGCGAGCUGAUCGUGAAUGAGAGAAUAGACAGAGAGACGUUAUGCGGACAAAGCGCCAGCUGCGUUUUACCUCUGCAGGUUGUCAUUGAAAACCCGUUACAGUUGCACCGUAUUGAGGUGGAAAUACGAGACAUAAAUGACAAUUCGCCUAGUUUUCUUACAAAGGAGCUCACAUUGAAAAUAGCAGAAUCGACAGUUGCGGGCGCACGUUUUCCUUUGGAGAGUGCAGAGGACCCUGACGUGGGCAGUAAUUCCCUUAAAUCCUAUACUAUUAGUAAAGAUGAGUGUUUUACGUUGAAGGUAAAGGAGCUUGGUAAUGGAAAGAAAAUACCAGAACUAGUUUUAGAGAAGCCCUUAGACCGAGAGAAAAAAUCUGUCCAUAAACUACUGUUAACAGCUCUAGAUGGAGGUAAUCCUGUCAGAUCCGGGACGGCAGAGAUAACUAUUACUGUGCUUGACGUAAACGAUAAUUUUCCAGUAUUUGAAAAGUCUGUGUACAAGGUUUCUGUCCACGAAAAUAGUGCAAAGGGGACAUUUAUGAUUAAACUUAAAGCGACAGAUAUUGACGAGGGUCAAAAUGGGGAUAUAAACUAUUCGUUUGGUGAGCGCACCCCUGAGUCUGUGCUUUCUACAUUUAAUAUGGAUCCAGACACAGGGGAUAUUUUUUUGAAGGGGAAUUUAGAUUUCGAAAGAGCUACAACAUAUGACAUUGACAUCACGGCGAGAGAUGAAGGCACUCCUGAAAUGGAAGGACACUGUCGCGUGCAGGUAGAGGUAAUAGACGUUAACGACAAUUCGCCUGAAAUUGUCCUCACUUCCCAACCAAACCCGGUGCGCGAGAACGCGCCCAGUGGCACGGUAGUAGCUUUGAUCAGUGCCCGGGACCUUGACUCCGGUAAUAACGGUAAAGUGACGUUACAGCUCCCACGAGGUUAUCCUUUUAGUCUGAAACCGUCCUUUUCUAAUAAUUACGCACUGGUCACAAGUGAUGUUUUAGACAGAGAGAGUUUCUCAGAGUAUAAUAUUGAGAUAACAGCCACUGAUUCGGGCUCCCCUCCCCUGACUACCAAGAAAACGAUACCAGUCACUAUCAUUGAUGUCAACGACAACCCCCCUAAAUUCUCUCAGCCCUUCUAUAAUGUAUAUUUAAAAGAGAAUGGACUACCAGGAUCCAUGCUAUCCUCAGUAUCUGCAUCUGACCUGGAUUUCGGAGAUAAUGCCAAGAUCUCCUACUCCAUCUUAGACUCCAAAGUGCAGGACGUUUCUAUGUCUUCCUAUGUGUACAUGAACACUGAUAACGGCAGUAUCUAUAGCAUGCACUCAUUUGACUAUGAGAAAAUAAAGGUGUUUCAGAUUCUGGUGCAGGCCAAGGACCAUGGCUCUCCCUCUCUGAGCAGCAACGUCACUGUCCAUGUUUUUAUCCUGGACCAGAACGACAAUGCCCCCACUGUUAUUUACCCCUCCGCUGCCCUGGGCUCGCUCUCUCACCAGAAGAUGCCCCGCUCCGCUAAAGCAGGCCACCUCGUUACUAAGGUAACGGCCGUGGACGCAGACUCGGGCCAUAACGCCUGGAUCUCAUAUAAACUGGUGGAGGCCACAGACACGUCUCUGUUCAGUGUCAAUAUUUACACGGGGGAGGUAAGGACUAAACGUGCUGUGUCCGAGCAGGACGACUCCUCUCAGAGGCUGCUUAUAGAGAUACAGGAUGACGGGGUGCCGGUCCAGUCCGCCACGGUCACACUGACCAUACUGGUAGAGGACGGGCUCCACGAACUCAUCUCGGACCUGCGGCAGAAUGCGCCAGAGCCUAGCAAGAAAAGCGGGAGAAUCACCCUGUAUUUGAUUCUCUCUCUGGCCUCGGUGUCCGUGCUGUCUCUGGUCACUUUUGUCAUCUUAGCAGUCAAGUGCGUUAGAAACAGCAGGAGCAGUGGUAGUUGCUGCAUGAGACGGGACGACUUGGACGGCUACAAGAACCCCAACAGAAACCUGCAGAUUCAGCUCAACACUGACGGGCCGAUUAAGUACGUGGAGGUCCUGGGAGGGGACAUGUUGUCUCAGAGUCAGUCCUUCAGGUCAUGUCUCUCUCCCAUGUCAGAGUUCAGUGAUUUCACCUUCGUUAAGCCCAGCAGCACCACUGACUUUAAGGAGAUGAUCAACGUCCUAGACGCGUCUUUACCCGACAGCGCCUGGACCUUUGAGAGCCAGCAGGUGAGCACUGUAGUGACGUGUAGUUUAAUUGUGACACUAGGCUAUUGAUAACAACCUAUUUUCUGUAUUCUUCUCUGUGAUGCUUGUUAAUUUGUGACGGAUAGGCUAUCAGCCUUAUAAUUAGGAAUGAGAAAACUAGGAUAUCUUUACUGAAGCCAUAGUAUUGUCAUUUAAAUCGGAUCUCUGUGCUAUCCAACCAUGAAAAGUUUUCUAUUUCCUAAGUCGAAGUUUUCCUUUCCCGUGAUAUUUGGUUCUGGUCUUUCUGAUUUAUACGAAUUAUAUCUUGGCAGUAAUUGGCUACAAGGUUAUAAUUGAAAACAUGUAUUUAUUGUAGUAUCAUGAGCUCAGCACAGAAGAAAAAAUGCUCAAAUGGUGUGUUUUUUUAGAUGAAUCCAAGUUCACAUGUGUAUUAUUUAGCAGCUGACAUAUGGCCGAGUUUAUAUUGGGCCUAUUGGGUACAUACAAAAUAUCAAACUACUUCUGUGUUGUGCAUGACGUUUGCUCUGUCAGUCAUCCGUUAUCUACAAGGCUCAGCAUUUCAGCACCAGUGUUGUGGACAGCGACACAAUCUGGUUGCUGAAUCAGCUGUGCGGUUUUGUGGAAGCAAUUGCAAACAGUUUGAGACGUAGAAACAGAGAAGGUAGACAGGGACAUUCAUUUUUUCAGAAUAAGUGCUGCUCAGUUAAUAUUUCUAUAAACUCUGCAUAUAUAAUGUUCACGUACAUAUUUUUGUAUAUUUGUUUUAUCCUGUUUUACAUGUUUACUCAUUCUUUAGGCCGAACUAAAUUCUGUCCUUACUAAUGUAUUUAUUUUACCACCAAUAUUGACAGUAGGGGAGAGUGGGGUAAAUUGAGGCAUUUUUUAUAUUUCAGCAUCACUCCGUAAAUAAAUAAAAAUACAAAUAAAUAAAAAAGGGAAAUACAGUAUUAUUUCUAACGACGAUACGGUAUCUACAUAUAUUUCAGGAUGUUGUGUAUCGCUGGAAAUCAUCAGCAUUCAUGUAAAUAUUACAGCU